AAGUGUCCGAUUUUCUCUCAUAACCACUAUUUCCAAUUCCGAUUUUACAGUUCCGAUCCAAAUCAUUUACCUUCAUCAUGAACACCGUCUACAUGUGACAGGACAGAAGCCGUCCAGCUCAAUGGAUCGAAGAGACUCUGCAUCAGCACCAAAUUCCAUUCAAAUGGCAGCCUUACCACGUCCAGCUCGGACUCUCCCCCGACCUUCUCCAGCAUUAAACCUUUCCGGCAACCCUAUCUUGCCUUCAUUCAAGGAUCCCGAGGUCUGUCUCACUAAUUUUCAGGAUCAAAGCCAUACAAGAACAGGACGUCGACGAUUGAUCUGCUUCCCCAAGCUCAAUCUACUCAAUAGAAAGCUAGCACGACUCACUUUCCAGGCUAUGGUCGCAUUUGGCGUCCUUACAAUUGUAUAUCAAGGCAUCAGUCUUAUACCAGCCUUCCAGAGUUCCAGAACCGCGCUGAGGGCCUUGGGUAUCCAAUGGGAAUCGGCUCGUGACGGCCGUCAAACUCUGGUUUUUGGAUUCUUGCAGGAGUGCGCGAGUCGUAAGGCACAGGGCUUGCCGCUGGGUAAUGACUGUGAGAAGUAUUUGGCACGAACGCCGAAGGCUCCACCUGAUAUUGAAGAGUGGUUGGAAGCUACUCCGUUGGGAAAUGUUGUACGAGUGCUCAGGAAGAUUCGGGAUCUUGUGUACACUGGUUCGGAUGGAAGUGGCACGCUUCAUCCAGAUACGCCAUCUUGGGUUUCUGGCGGGGAACGCCAACAGGAGUGGUCCAAAGUUCGGCUGUACCUCGUCAUGGCCCUCAUUGUUUUCGUGUUACUUUGUGUGGCAAAAUCUAGACGAUUUCGAAGUGAUGUCGGUAGAAUCAGGUCAACUGCCCAUAUUCUCUAUGGCCCGUUCGCAAUGAUUGCGAGUUCCUCACUAGCGACUUGGAUAAUUUAUUCGGUCGUAUUUGGGGGCACUAUAUCGUUGGGCAUUUGGAUUUAUUUUGAUUAUGGGAUUCCUUCAAAGAUACAGAGAUGGGACGCUGUGUUCGAAUUCCUCGAGGAAUGCAAUUUUCGUGAAAAUCACGACAUCCCACUUGGAGACGAUUGUAUCAUUUACGCAUCGAGGAGAAUCGUACCGCGACCAUCGACCGGAAUCGCCUAUCAUGCCGUCACUCUCUUAUGCCUUACUAUUUCAGUUACAGCCUGUGUGUUGUCCAUCACUAGCCUUGUAAUGCAGUGGAGCACAACAAGGGCAAUGCGAAGCAGCUUUUCCUUUGAUAGUAGUUCUUCGGAUCACUGGGAUCGCAUGCGUUUGAUGUUUGAGAGCACGCCCUUCAGAUCCAGUGGGAAUGUCCGCGUCUCCGAUCCGCUCGAACUGCACUUGUGGACAAGACUCAGUUCGCCAGAUUCGGACGUCUUGCUGCUUCCGGAUGAGACAAUUUUUAGUGAAGACGAACGAACUUCUCGCUCUGAAAGGUCGGAGCGUGCGAGACGUAUGCUAGGAUAUGAAGACUUGGUAGCUAGAAAUUGAGGAUGGAUGUGAUGAACUACGAGCAAGUAUUUGCUUUCAAGGUUAUGGAUCUGGUCAUGGAUGGUAGUUUUGGUACGGGGAUGUGGAUGUGGAAUAGUUCUGGUGCUCGCAUACUUGGAAAGGCAGUGGUUCAUAGGACGGCAUCUGGCUUUCCAUCUAAGUUUGAUUGUCCAAUCUGGCGAUGUGAUCGGUGGGCUGUGUGGCUGGUUGACCAGGAUUAUUCUUUCAAUCUGUUGGUAAUCACUACGAUUUCCUUGAUAGCUGCUACCUAGACGAUAUGCGUGUAUAAGACGUGGAGCUUUGGAGCAUGGUGCGGUUCAGCAGUGCCUGGAG